UAGAUCACGUAGUGAUCUCUUCAGACGACAUAUUGCUGUUUGGAAAGGUAAAUAAAAAUCAAAAUAAACACCGUCCAAUUAAACAGUUGUUAUGCUAGCCAGUUCUUCAAUCUAGCAGACACAGUUCUGCCGGAUACCAUCGGCCUAUUGUUUUUCGUUGGCUGAUAACAACGAUCAAGCGAUAUCAUUGAAUCACAGCUCAAAAUUUUACACAACGUCUUACUAAAGCGUAGCUUGAUUAGUUUCAUAAGUCUCCUUUUGUUUGGAAAUAGUUUAUAGUGUGACGCUUAUUGUACUUAGCAAGGUGUCGCGUACAAACGAACAGCAGGUGUGGCGGAGCCAUGGGAUUAAGUCCUUCAGCACAAAAACCCGAACGUAUACGGGGUCUGCACCGUUCCGAAGCUCAUUUUGAAGAAAAUGCCGACCCAGUUGACGUUUUGAUGGCCAGCAAAGGUGACGCCCUCUUGGAUAAAUAUGGGUCAGUAUGGCAACCUGCCAUGGCAUUCGACCGACAACUUUUUCCGAAUAUGAUACAUUUGGAAAGCGGAGGCGUCGGCAAUGCUAUACUGUACGUUCAGGAUGAAAGUGGUAACGAAUUCGCUGUAAAGCGGGUUGAAAUGAGAAAGAAUCGAGGCUUUGCUGCGAAGCUGGAAAAGGAUUUACUCCUUGCCGUAGAUUUUCCUUUCGUUUUGCAGCUUUACGCCACUUACAAAGAUCACGCCUAUGUGUAUUUUUUGCUCGAACUUACCCAUUGUAGUUGUAUUUCGGACCAUAUGUUUCAACCUUACAUAAAUGAAGAGGUUAUAUGUUUCUGGGCGGCCCAGAUUGUGCUGGCAGUCGAAUACCUCCAUUCGGCAAAUAUAGUUCACCGCGACAUAAAGCCUGAGAACGUGUUAGUGUUUGCCGAUGGCUAUAUCAAAUUGGCAGAUUUCGAUCAGACGCUAAAACUUCCUCCUCACCGACAAUUCAUCGGAUUAUGUGGUACGGCAGGUUAUUCUCCUCCGGAAGUGAUAUCCAAUUGUGUCUACUCAAAAGGAGUCGACUGGUGGACUGUCGGAUUAUUGAACUACGAGCUCUUUUUCGGCCAAAUCGAAGCUGAAUGUGAAGAGCAGGAACUUGAGAGAUUACGUAAUUACGGACCCGGCUUUAACAAGACUCUCGAUUUGGAUGCAGGAAGUGCGCAGACGCAAAUUAGCAAUGCGGCAAGAAAUUUCAUAUCUGAAUUGCUUCGGGUGGAUCCAAUGUUUCGACUCGGCGUUCAAUAUCCCGGUAGUUCUGCUGUGAGGAAGCAUCCCUUUUUCGAAAAUAUAGACUUUAUUCGUUUAGUGAAGAAAAAGAUCAGGUCGCCAGUCCGACCCAGCGAGACCUCAGCAAGGCUACUUGCCAUAGGCGGCGCCAAACCGCUAGAAUUCAAUGAAAACCCGGUAACGCCCGAGAUAGCAGAGGAGUACGUGGAGUUCUAGGGCACGAUCUAUCCACUGAGUGCGGCGCAUACAUCCUACGAGUCUUAAACAUGCAGUAAGGGCCAACAAUUGAUAUCGAUGUUGGACACUUUUCAUCGAUUGAUAAGCAGAACGGCUGGAUCGAAAAGCCGGUAGAAAACGCGCGAUAUGCUUAGUGGCAGCCGUCUACAGACAGGUUCCCGGCCAGUACGGUGUAGCAAUUAUAGUCCGCCACGUUUCUAAGGCAUCAUCAUUCUAUGGGCCUGUAAUAUAUAGUACCAGCGUGACAUGUUUUUUUCUGAAUAUAUACAUGAAAGAAUCACGAGCUUCUCUCUAGUUAUAUCGAGAAUGAAUUUUCGUACUGUCAUUAUUAUUAACAUGACGAAACGUUUAUUUAAGAAUGAUGAAUUGGAACUGUGACUUGAUCAUGCAAUGUGUUUUGAACAAACAAUCGAUUGAAGUAUCUAUAUUACGUAAAUAUGAAACGGUCACAGGUAUAAGUUCCAUCCGCCAUACAUGAAUACAUAUAUUACAUAAAAUGUUCGAGGAUAAUAGUCAGACCCGGUAAGUUGAAAUAAUUUCAACGGUGCGCGACUUAACGGUUGAACUACGAUAACUAAUCCGUGUUAGAAUGGAAAUAACUCUGUAUUUUCAAGCCAUAGACUAUGAAAUAAUGGCUACUUCUAUGUUAUUUAAUGUUAUGGCUACGUAUAAAAAAUGCGUGCAAAUUAUCGCUAUAUCGCCUUGGGCUUUAAGGAAUGGUGUAUUUAUUUUCUAUUGUGAUAUAUUCGAAAAUCUGGGUUAUCAGAAGAACCGGGAACGACUACUUCGGCUAAUCGUACAGGUUAUAGGCUAUA